UCCUCGUGGGAAAUAAACCGAGCGCGCGAGUCAAAUUCACUUUGCCGCACCACCCACAGGAGGAGCGCGCGCCCAAUUGAAUCAACGCUCGCCGCUGCCUUUGGAAGCGACGUUCACUUGAGUCCCCGUGGGUACGCCGCUCGUUUCUCUGUCUUACUCUAUAUACCCACUAGUCCACCUCUGAAAGGUACAGACCCCUAAAGAAGAGAAGAAAACGAAGGGAGGGGAAGGGAGAAAUAGGAGAAGACUGCAGUUGGUGCAUGGCAUGAAGACGCGACUGUUGGGGACCCGGCUGAGCAUGGCACAUUAUGCCAGGAUCUGAACUGAAGCGGGGAGAAGAUUCGGGCUCUUAGAUAUGGGUGUUGAUAAUAAGAAACCCUUAAGUUUGCAGGAGUAAAGGGUUGGGAAUGAGCUUGAUGUCGUUCGGUGUGACGCUUUGGAUGCGCAAAUCUGGAUGGAUGAAAUCGCGUAACCGGGAGCCAAAUCUAGGCGCUUAACGUAAGACCACCAAUCUGAGCUCCCCAGAGCUGCGUUAAACCACAUCUUCUGCCCCUCGCAGCCGUGUUAAGGGGGCAGCCACAGAAAGUUUCGCGAUGGCUCUCGUCAUGGAACCUGUUAGUAAAUGGAGCCCCAGUCAAGUUGUGGACUGGAUGAAAGGUCUGGAUGACUGUUUGCAGCAGUAUAUAAAGAACUUUGAACGGGAGAAGGUAGGAGGUGACCAGCUGCUGAGGAUCACCCAUCAGGAGCUGGAAGAUCUGGGGGUAUCCCGCAUCGGACACCAGGAGCUGAUCCUGGAAGCUGUGGACCUGCUGUGCGCUCUGAACUACGGGCUGGAGACUGAAAACCUGAAAACUCUCUCUCACAAGCUCAAUGCCUCUGCCAAAAACCUGCAGAACUUCAUCACGGGCCGCAGACGCAGCGGUCAUUAUGACGGCCGGACGACCCGUAAGCUGCCCAACGAUUUCCUCACAUCUGUGGUGGACCUCAUCGCUGCUGCUAAGAGCCUUCUGGCAUGGCUGGAUAGGUGUUACUUCUUUUGCAGGUCACCAUUUGCUGCUGUUACAGAUUAUUCCGUGACCAGGAACAACGUGAUUCAGCUGUGCUUGGAACUCACUACCAUAGUACAGCAGGACUGCACCGUCUAUGAAACCGAAAAUAAGAUCCUCCAUGUGUGUAAGACAUUGUCUGGAGUAUGUGACCACAUCAUCUCACUGUCGUCAGACCCCCUGGUCUCCCAGUCGGCACAUCUGGAGGUGGUUCAACUGGCUAAUAUUAAACCUACAGAGGGUCUGGGAAUGUACAUCAAAUCCACAUAUGAUGGUCUUCACGUUAUCACAGGAACCACAGAAGGGUCUCCAGCAGAUCGCUGUAAAAAGAUCCACGCGGGUGAUGAGGUCAUCCAGGUGAACCAUCAGACAGUGGUGGGCUGGCAGUUGAAAAACUUGGUAAACUCUCUGCGCGGGGACCCUGCCGGUGUGACAUUGACCCUGAAAAAGCGUCCCCAGAGCACGCUCACCUCCGCCCCAGCCCUACUAAAGAACAUGAGAUGGAAGCCCCUGGCCCUGCAGCAGCCAGUCAUUCCCAGGAGUCCGACCAGCAGCUCAGCCACGCCCACAAGCACCAUCAGCACACCCUCCAAGCGUGAUAGCUCCGCCCUCCAAGACCUGUAUAUCCCGCCCCCUCCAUCCGAGCCGUACACACCCAGAGAUGAGAAAGGCAUUGUCCCGGGUGAAGUUGGGGUACCUAUCGCAAAAGGGUCAGAAUCACCAAACUCAUUCCUGGAUCAAGAGUACAGACGACGAUUUCCUCUCAUGGAAGAGGAGGCUGUCCUGUACUGCUAUGAGUAUGACCCCAACCACGGACCUACAACGUCCCGUCGAGACAGCACACCCACUUACGGUCGUCUGAGGCCCAUCUCUAUGCCUGUAGAGUAUAACUGGGUUCCUGACUACGAGGACCCAGCUAGAAUGAAGAGGGAAGGUCGGAGAGAAAACUCUAUGUUGCGGUAUGUAAGUGAUGAGAAGGCCGUCGAACUAGCAGGGCGCAGCAUGAAGAGAGACACAGGAAAACGCGGCAAGAAGAAGAGCGAGAAGAGCGGGAGCCCCACCCACUAUGCCCUUCUCCCCACCCUCCAAAUGGAGGUUCUCCGUCAGGAGUCCAUGAACACGCCUAACCCAGACUCCACCUCUGUUUACCAUACAUUCCAGGGAUCCUCUCUGCUCUCCAAGACCAAGAAAAAGAGUAAAGCGGCUCCGCUGUCCUCCAUCAGUAAGAGACGAAUCUCCUGUAAGGACCUGGGUCGUGGAGACUGUGAGGGCUGGCUGUGGAAGAAGAAGGACGCAAAGAGCUAUUUCUCGCAGAAAUGGAAGAAGUACUGGUUUGUUUUGAAGGAUGCCUGCUUGUACUGGUACAUGAACGAAGAGGAUGAGAAAGCCGAAGGGUUCGUCAGCCUCCCUGAGUUUAAGAUCGACAGAGCCAGUGAAUGUCGCAAAAAAUAUGCAUUUAAAGCGUGCCAUCCCAAAAUCAAGAGCUUCUACUUCGCAGCAGACGGCGUGGAUGAUAUGAACAGAUGGUUGAGUCGUCUCAACAUGGCAGCUGCCGGCUACGCAGAAAGAGAGCGAAUCCGUCAAGAACAGGCAGACUACUGGAGUGAAAGUGAACACGAAGACAAUGAGACACCCUCAACACCCAAGCAAGACAGCCCACCGCCCCCUUAUGACACAUACCCACGGCCACCCUCGAACCAGGUGAGUUGUGCCAGUCCUUACCUAGAACCCAAGCACGGCCGCCUCUCAUCCACAGAAACUUCACAGUCUCGCUCCUCUCACGAGGAGUACCGCUCUGAACCGCAAGGGGGCAGCAGCAGCGGAGGAGGUUCCCCAGCUCGGAAGUCCACCAGCCAACGACGCUCAUGGCAGGACCUGAUUGAAACCCCUCUGACCAGCUCAGGCCUCCACUACCUGCAGACCCUGCCCCUAGAGGACGCUGUGUUCUGCGAGCCAGGUCCGGGUCUUUCUCCAGAAUAUCGCCGCCAAUCCACUCUGCCUGCCCAACGCACAAUGAUGCAGGAACAUUACGGCCCCUUCCCAAUGCUCGAAGGGGAGAGGCUCCGAGACCCUGGUAACACAGCUGGGAAACCUCGCAGCUUCACCUUGCCUCGGGAUAGUGGCCUGCAUGCCCUCCUCACACCCUCUGCCAGCAUGGCAGAACAGCGGGACCCCGGCCGUAGGGAGCUCAGCCGUUCCCACUGCAUCAAUAACGGAUGUCCCGCCCCAGGACGCAGAGCCCCCAUCGGAAUAUUAAGAUUGGCCUUUGAAACAGACAAGAAAAUCUAAUGAGACGGUUACCAUUGCUGCUACACCUCACAGAAUGCUGAGAUGAAACCACCCCUGACACUGCUCAUUUCCUCCUGUAACUGCGCCUAUAAUCCAAUCACCAGAGUACCAAAGUCAUUUAAGCUCACGUAAUAUUGUGCAAUGGUCAAGCAUAGCUGUCGAAACCAAACCUUUCCACAAAACCUGCUGGACCUGUCUUCCUGCUGGAGUUUGUAUUUCAUAAAGAGCAAAGUGCCUGUAUGAAAAUGAGCUGCGGGCAGAUAAAACAGUGCGAUGACAGACAUCCUUGUGUUUGUUGAGGCCCAACACAGACAGCCUGUCUUUUUUUAUUCUGGUCUUUAUUGUGUGGCAUCUAAACGCAGCAUGUCCAAAUGUGAAAAUGUAAAUGUAUUUACAGCUUUACAUUAGGAAGAAAGUAUCUGGAUUGUUGCCACAUCUCUUCUCUUAUAUAUUAUUAUUGUUUUUUUCCUUAACCAUCCUAUCAUUUUGGUGAAUCGCACAAAAACCAUGUCACAUUUCAACCCAAAAGGAAAAGAAAUUAUACUUUGCUGCAUUAUGGUAAUGAAAAUUUAAAGGGGAAAAUGUUUAUUUAUAAUAAAAAUAAUCUUACAAUGCAAAAUUGACUUGAUUUAAUUUCCAUGUAGAACCACAAACACUUUUCUUUUACAAAUCUCUUCUGUUCUGCAUCUUUCUAUACAUUAUUGUCCUGCUGUAUUGGUCACACAAGGUCAAACACUCAAUUCAUUUUAAAGUUUUGCAAUUCAGUGUUUUGAUUAGUGCAUGUGAGAUCCCUCGACCAAUCCCAAAUGCUCUUAAAUAUUUGGAUUUACUCCAGUUUUGCAUGCAUUUCAUGGUCCAGUACAUCAAAUGCUUGACUUUCUUCUCUUUUUCACUCUCUUUCCCUCUUUCAUUUCUCUGGCUUUCCAUCUGUACAGGCUGCUGGAUGAACUCUGAUUGUUGGCUGUUUUAGGCUGUACAGUAGUGACCAUGUGCUCCUGUCUUUGCAUGUCUUCCUUCUAUCUGUGUUCUCUGACGGACCAUAUCCUGACUCUUGUGUAUGCUUGGGCUUUUUUUGGAUUCAUGUGUAUAUGGAGAGUUUUUAUGGAAAGAUAAAGGUGUCUAUUUUUGGCUUAAGUGUUCAGUGUUUGUAAAAAAAAAUGUUCUCUGUACACUGUGGUGAACUGUUAAAAGUCUUUCUUUCUGUCUACGUUAUUGCUCCUAGCCAGACAUAUAGUUACAGGGAAAAAAAAAAUAAGUGAACCCUUCUGAUGUCGACAUAAAUUGGUCAUAAUGUGACUGAUCUUUAACUACAUCAUGUCAAUAGACAAACAAUGGUACAUUUUCAAGUCUUUUCUGAACACAAAGGAACAUUUGAUGGAGAUUUAUGCUGCCAAAGGACAUUUAACCAGAUAUUACAAAAUACUUUCACAUGUUUGAAAAUAAAAAUGUGAAAACAUAUAUAUAUAUAUUUUUGGUCAUUUGUUUAAGCAGACUUCACAUUCAGAUCACAUUCUAACCAAUUUAAGCAGAAAUCCACAAAAACUACAAGGUUCACAUAUUUUUUCCCUUCAACUGUAUAUAUUGGUUAGUAAAAGGGAAAAGGCUGUAAGGACUUUAAUUAAAGUGUACAAGUCUAUUUUUAUAUAAAUUGUUUCUGUUUGGAUAGAAAUGUUUUCCUACCAAGAAGAAAAAAAGCUGGACACACAUCAACUCCAUAAUGUAUUUCAUGUACUUGUGAAUGGCCUUGUGUGAGUACUGUAAUGCAAUGUACAUUGAAAUGUGUUUUUACAGUUCUAACUCAGUGUUCAAAAUAGGGAACUGGCUUUUCAGAUUAAAAUAUUUAAUGUUGACAUGUUUGAGUGUUUUUGAGCAAAGAAAAGCACACGGAACCAUUUUAGUGCCAAUAAAAUCAAUACAGAACUUCAAAACUCACUGUACACUAUUCUUUAAAUUAUGUA